AUGGGUGGAGCUUGGAUAUUUAUAUUUGCCGUAGUAUUAAAUUGUGUUAACUUAUUUGCACAAGUACAUUUUACUAUCUUAUAUGCAGAUUUAGAGGCAGAUUAUAUAAAUCCAAUUGAAUUAUGUUCUAGGAUUAAUAAACUUGUUAAUCCGGAAGCUUUAUUGCAUGGUGUUACCUCGUUGAUUUUUCUACUGACUGGCCAUUGGUUUGUGUUUUUGAUUAAUUUACCCUUGUUGGCUUACAACGUCAAUAAGAUUCAGUUGAAGAAUCAGCUAUUGGACGCUACUGAGAUUUUCAGAUCGUUGGGUAAACGUAAGAGGGAAAGUUUCUUAAAGCUGGCCUUUUAUCUGUUGAUGUUCUUUUAUUAUUUGUAUAGAAUGAUUGCUGCAUUGAUUGUAGAAACUGGUAAAUGA